AUGAGUGGAAUUGCAAAAAUAAUUGGAUUGCGACUUGUUCGGACAACGAAUAAUAUUACAAAACAAAACACAACAAAAUAUUUACAAUCUAUGUGCCAUGCGAGAAAUGGUUUUAGUCAUAAUACCAAAAAUCCAAUUACACCAGCUCAAAAAGAGUCAGCUGGAUAUUGGAGUGCUGUUACAAAAAAAACUUUAUGGUAUUCUACAAUUCCAUUAACGAUCAUUGUUGUUAAUAUUGCUAUUUACUAUACAAAUAAAUUUAAAACAGAUCCUGAAUUUUGUGAAGAUAUCGCCAUGACUACUGGAGCUAAUAACGAAACCCUAAAGUAUUCUAUAAUUCCAUCAAAAAUUAUUACAUCUAGUGUAUUAUUUGAUGAUGGUGAAAUAAAAAUAAAUACACGAGAAGACAAUAUAACUCUCAUAAACGAUAACACACGUAAUUUAAUAAUUAGCGAAGAAUUAAAUGCAAACAUACAAGAACCAUUUCCAAAAGGAAAACCAAUACCAAUAAAAAUUGGUAAAUUUAAUGGAUUACUUGAUAAUGGUAAAUUAACAUUAAAAACAGAAGAUGGUGAUGCAACAUUUACUUUCCAUCACACAUUGGGCCUUGGUGUCAAAAAAACAUCUACAACUUUACAAAAUGAAAUGGUUGCUGAAAAAAAAGAACAAGCUGAAAUAGAGUUCAAGAAACUUGGUAAAUUUAAUGUAAUUAUGCCAGGUAGUGAAUUUACAUUAAAAACACCGGAAAGUGAAAAAAAGUGGAUGAGCAUUUACAAGCCUGAUAAAAACUUUAUAUUAAGUUUACCAGCAUAUGAAGACUUAUUUCCAAUAAUUGGCAAUUUUAGUGUCUUAUGUAAUAAUACAGUAAAAAUACAAGCAGACAAAAGUGAUGAAGUUUAUUUUCUCGAACAAAGAGUAAAUAUUGAAUGUGACAAAAAAGUAGAUGAAAAUUUACAAAGUAAAAUUGCUGCUGAAAAAGAACUUCCACGAGAUGAUGUUGCUACUAGAAAAUCAGCUAUAAAUGAUAUGUUAACUCGAGAAAUAGAAGUAUGUGAUGUAAUAAUUGAUAGUGGCACAGUAGUAUUUAAAAGACCAGAUGGCCAUAAAGUUGUUGUCCGAUACAAACUUAACGUCAAUUUUUUCGAAGAUGAUGAAAAAACAUAUCUUCUUUGGCGGCCGGAAAUAACAGUGUUUCCACUUAAACCAUCAUUUACUUUUUUUUAG